AUGGCGGCGUCCUCGCCAGUGGGACGAAUUUUCAAUCUGUGUAAAAAAUUUCAAAACAUCUUGAAGGUGUCUUCAUCCACUAAAUCACAUAAUGCGGUCUUUUCUUUUGACAAAUGCUGCGUCAGUCUCUAUGGGGGAACAUCUUCUCUGGCCAAUCCAUUGUCCCACCCAGUCACCACUGCUCAGCCGUGUCGACCCCUGCACACAACCAUCUGCAGGAGAGGACUGGAUGAAUUCUUUGACUUUCCAGAGAACAGGGGUGAAGCCACUGUCAAGUCAGGUGCCCCUUGGACGGCUAAACAAUUGAGAACGAAAAGCAAUGAAGACUUGCACAAACUUUGGUAUGUAUUGUUGAAAGAAAAGAACAUGUUGCUGACACUUGAGCAGGAAGCAAGACGACAGCGGCUCCCAAUGCCUAGUCCCGAAAGAAUACGAAAGGUAGAAAGAUCCAUGAUAAGACUGGAGACAAUAGUAAGUGAACGGGAGACUGCAUUGCGACUGCUUCAAACAGGACAAGAGAAGGGAAGACCAGGUGCCUGGAGGAAGAACAAAUUUGGAUACACAUACUGGUAUCGUUUCAAAGAAUAUGCCAUCCCGUGGUACAUGAAUAGGCGUUAUAAGAGAAAGCAGUUCUUCACGCCAUCAUUUGUUGAGCCACAUAUAAGGCUGCGUAUAGAGCGGCACCUACGAGAGAGAUCUAGAGAAGCUAAUAUGCAGAAAGAGAAACUUCAAAAAUUCAAAGAACGGUUUCCACAAAUGAAGAUGCCAGCCUCUUAA